AUGCGGCCGAAGACCUUCCCCGCCACCACGUACUCGGGGAACAGCCGGCAGCGGCUGCAGGAGAUCCGGGAGGGGCUGAAGCAGCCGCCUGUGGGGCCGGGCAGUGACGCCACCCUGGACGCCAAGGUCCUGGGGGGCAAGGUCCUGGGGGGCAAGGACACUGCCCGGCAGCAGCAGAUGAGGAGUGCCCCGAAGUUCGGGCCAUAUCAGAAAGCCCUGCGGGAGAUCAGAUACUCCUUGCUCCCCUUUGCUAACGAGUCGGGCACCUCAGCUGCCACAGAAGUGAACCGACAGAUGCUGCAGGAGCUGGUGGAUGCAGGCUGUGACCAGGAGAUGGCGGGCAGGGCCCUCAAGCAGACGGGCAGCCGCAGCAUCGAGGCCGCCCUGGAGUUCAUCAGUAAGAUGGGCUACCUGGAGCCAGGCAAGGAGCAGAUCGUGCGGGUCGUCAAGCAGACCUCUCCAGGGAAGGGCCUGGCGCCGGCCCCCGGGCCGCGGAGGCCGAGCUUCGAAGCAGCAGCGGGCGAGCCUUUCCCGCCCUUCGCGCAGGUGGCCGGGCUGGCCUUCGAGGGCCCCGCCGCCCUGGAGGAAGCACCCCGCCCGUACCCGGACUUCCUCUUUGCUGGCAUCGGGCUUCCUUGUCGUCCGCACCCGCCCAAGGGCUACACGGCCACCGGGGAGGCUGCCCGCAUGGGCCUCGCGGGCCCCGGGGGCGCGCACUACAGAGCCCCGCUGCUGGUGCCCGCGGAGCCCCUGGGCUAUGGCGUCCAGCGCAGCCCCUCCUUCCAAAGCAAGGCGGCCCCGGAGGCCGGCGCGUAUGCGGGGCUGGCCGCCAAGGGUGCGGCCGUGCCGGUGCCACCCGCCGGCCUUCCCUUCCCGGCCCCCGGCGCCGCUUACGCUCCGGCCCCGCACCCCAAGCCGCCGCACCAGGGACACGCGGGGGGGGCCCGAGGUGCCGCGUUCGCCGGCGACAGCGCCCCGCCUGGCCUGGCCGCCCCCGCGCGCACUGGCCUGGGCGCCGAGCGCUUCGAGCCGGGCACGCCGCCCUGGCCGGGCACCGGCCUGGCCCGGCGGGACUCGAUGCCCAAGCCAGGCCCCAGCCGCACUGGCUCGUUCAGCGGCGCCACGGCCCCGCCCAACGCCGUGACGGCGGUGACGGCCGCGCGUAUCCUGCACCCGGUGCGUAGCGUGCGCGUGCUGCGGCCUGAGCCCCAGACGGCCGUGGGGCCCUCGCACCCCGCUUGGGCGCCGGCGCCCCCGCCCGACGGCCCGGAGCCUGCGGACGAGCUAGCAGGGGGCGCCGAGGCGCGGGGCCGGCCCCCGCCCUAUCCGCGGCACCUGCUGCGGCCGCAGGCCCGCGCCGAGCCACUCGACAUGGACGGGCUGUGCGCCGGGUUGCAGCAGGGCCUCCGGGGCGGCCGCGCCGCUGAGCCCCCCGAUGGCAGCCCCGCGAGCCCCGGGGCCACCAAGGCCGAUAGGGCGGGCAGAGACCGGAAGCAGAUCCAGACAUCCCCGGUGCCCGUGCGCAGGGGCGGCCGCGACGAGGACAGGCGCGAGUCGCGCAUCAAGAGCUACUCGCCGUCGGCCUUCAAGUUCUUCAUGGAGCAGCAUGUGGAGAACGUGCUCAAGACCCACCAGCAGAAGGUGGCCCGCCGGCUGCAGCUGGAGCAGGAGAUGGCGAAGGCCGGGCUGUGUGAGGCGGAGCAGGAGCAGAUGAGGAAGAUUCUCUACCAGAAGGAGUCUAAUUACAAUAGGCUCAAGCGGGCCAAGAUGGACAAGUCCAUGUUUGUGAAGGUGAAGACCCUGGGCAUUGGCGCCUUUGGGGAGGUGUGCCUGGCCUGCAAGGUGGACACGCACGCGCUGUAUGCCAUGAAGACCCUGAGAAAGAAGGACGUCCUGAACCGCAACCAGGUGGCCCAUGUCAAGGCAGAGCGGGACAUCCUGGCGGAGGCGGACAAUGAAUGGGUGGUCAAGCUCUACUACUCCUUCCAGGACAAGGACAGCCUGUACUUUGUGAUGGACUACAUCCCAGGCGGGGAUAUGAUGAGCCUGCUCAUCCGCAUGGAGGUGUUUCCUGAGCACCUGGCACGCUUCUACAUUGCUGAGCUGACGCUGGCCGUUGAGAGCGUUCACAGGAUGGGCUUCAUCCACCGGGACAUCAAGCCUGACAACAUCCUCAUAGACCUUGAUGGCCACAUCAAGCUGACAGACUUCGGCCUCUGCACUGGAUUCAGGUGGACCCACAACUCCAAAUACUACCAGAAAGGGAGUCACUCCCGGCAGGACAGCAUGGAGCCUAGCGACCUCUGGGACGACGUGUCUAACUGCCGGUGUGGAGACCGGCUCAAGACCCUGGAGCAGAGGGCGCGGAGGCAGCACCAGCGAUGUCUGGCUCACUCCCUGGUUGGGACCCCAAACUACAUUGCCCCGGAAGUGCUCCUCCGGAAAGGUUACACCCAGCUCUGCGACUGGUGGAGUGUCGGCGUGAUUCUCUUCGAGAUGCUGGUGGGGCAGCCGCCGUUCCUGGCGCCGACGCCCACGGAGACUCAGCUGAAGGUGAUUAACUGGGAGAGCACGCUGCACAUCCCUGCGCAGGUGGAGCUGAGCCCCGAGGCCCGGGACCUCAUUGCCAAGCUGUGCUGUGCAGCUGAGCACCGGUUAGGCCGCAAUGGGGCUGAUGAUCUGAAGGCCCACCCGUUCCUGGGCGCCAUUGACUUCUCCAGUGACAUCCGGAGGCAGCCGGCCCCCUACGUGCCCACCAUCAGCCACCCCAUGGACACAUCCAACUUUGACCCAGUGGAUGAGGAGGGCCCCUGGCAGGAUGGCAGUGAGGACAGCUCCAAAGCCUGGGAUGCGCUGGGCCCUGCGGGCAGCCGGCACCCUGAGCAUGCCUUUUAUGAGUUCACCUUCCGGAGGUUCUUCGAUGACAACGGCCACCCAUUCCGUUGCCCCAAGCCUGCAGUGGCUGAAGCCGUGACCGAGGCUGAGCAGCCGACUUCGGUGGGUCCGGCCCUGGGGGCGCAGGCCGGGGGCUGCCAGCCCGUGUACGUGUAG